UCUAGUUCUCUCACUAUAACCAAAUCACUAAACCAAAGUAAAAAGGGUCACUACAAAGUCACUAAAAAUGUCUUCUUCAGAGGGUGUCUUUGAAUUAGGAAUUGAGUUCUCAGAGGCCAACAAUGUGCUUCUCAUGUCUCUAAUGGAAGAAACACAGGAAGAUGAGUACUAUGGAGAUGAUAGACUUGUAAGCAUGAUUCAGUCAUUGGAGGCAGAGAUCAAUGACCCUGAAUUGGAUCAAGUGUAUGAGAUGGGACACGUGGACGAUCAAUAUUGCUCCACAUCAAUGAGUGGCCCUGAUCAUUGGGUUGAUAUGGAAUUGAUCUCUUCCUUACCCUUUGAUGAAAUGAAUGCAUGGAUACCUAGUGGAGAUGAGAUGAUGGAGCAUGUUGCAAUGGAAUAUGAAGCUGAAAAUGAUGAUUUUCAGUUGUGUUAUGGUGUUUUCUUGGAGCAACAAUAUAGAGAGACUUAUUUGUCACAAGGGCCAAGUGAUGCAGUAUUCUGA